AUGCCUCCUAGCGUUUCGGUGACAAAGAAGAACAUGAUCGUCGUGUCCAACCGACUUCCGCUCUCGAUCAAACGAGUGGAUGACGGGUUUGAAUCCAACCUCUCGGGCGGAGGACUGGUAACCUCCUUGUCCGGACUGACCAAGUCAACGUCUUUUCGCUGGUUUGGCUGGCCGGGAAUUGAGGUAAAAGACGAGAAUGAGCAAGAGAAGGUGUUGAAAAGCCUGAGUGAGCAUAAUGCCGUGCCUAUAUUCAUUGACGAACAAUUGGCGCACGAUCAUUAUAAUGGCUUCUCGAAUUCUUCCCUUUGGCCUAUUCUCCACUACCAGUCGGGCGUGGACUUUGACGACGGCACCUGGCAAGCCUACAAGCGCGUCAAUGAAAUCUUUGCCGAUAUCAUCGCCGAGGAAGCAACUGAGGACAAUAUGAUUUGGGUUCAUGAUUACCACUUAAUGCUGCUGCCUUCGCUUCUUCGCGAACGAUUGGAGAAGAAAGGCAAGACCUUUGCAAUUGGCUACUCUUUGCAUACACCUUUCCCCGCGGAGGACGUCUGGAAGACGCUUCCUGUGCGGAAUGAGCUCGUUGAGGGAGUUCUUGCGAGCGAUCUUAUCGGCUUUCACACCGACGAGUAUAAACGUAACUUUGUCGCUUGUGCCCAGACAGUCGGAGCAUCCACUGAAACAGAAGGCGAAAUUCAAUACAAAGACCGGACAAUAAUGGCCGACAAGUUCAUAGUAGGAAUUGAUCCGCAGAAGUUCAGCGACGCUUUGCAGGACUCAGAUGUCAGAAACCGGAUUCAGGAGCUACAAGAAAGAUACAAAGGCGUCAAGGUCAUUUUAGGCGUCGACCGAUUGGAUUAUAUCAAGGGCUUGACGCCGAAACUGAAAGGCUACGACUACUUCCUGGACAACCACCCCGAGCUGAGCAACAAAGUAGUCUUGAUCCAGGUGGCAGUGCCCAGCCGGGAGGAUGUCAAGGAGUACCAAGAAUUAGAGACGGAAAUCAGCACGAUAGUCGGAAAGAUAACCGGGAAACACGCCACUGCCGACGGAACUCCGCUCAUCUACAUCCACCGCUCGGUUUCCUUCACGGAACUGACGGCGUUGUACUCGUUGGCCGAUGCCUGCCUACUGACUUCCACGCGCGAUGGCAUGAAUCUCGUCUCCUUUGAGUAUAUCGCAUGCCAAGCCCAGCGCCAUGGCGUUCUGGUUCUUUCCGAGUUUGCAGGCGCCGCGUCGUUUCUGAAGGAGGGCAGUAUCACGUUCCACCCCGCCAAUAUCCCUGAGAUGUCUGAUUCCAUCGAAGAAGCCGUGACCAUGAGCGCCGAGGAUAGGAAACGGCGGUAUGAAGGGUUAAGAGAAUUUAUCGAAACCAACACCAGUGCCAAAUGGGGCGAGGCCUUCAUCGAAAGGCUAUCCGAACGUCUGCAACCCUCCUGACGAUAUUUCCCCGCUUGCACGAGUCAUAAUUUAGCGCCGGUGCCUGUGUCCUUUCUGCUGUUAAUAAUACUAGUCCGUUAUCAUUUGCCACCUACCCCUCAAGACCCUGAAAUUAGACCAUGAAAACAGUUGAUUAAGCU